GGAGAGCGUCGUCCUGAGAGGAGUGAAGGCGGCAAAAUGGCGGACCGCUUCUCCCGCUUCAACGAGGACCGAGACUUUCAGGUCAAGGAUUCUACUUCCAAACGCAGGACAAAAGUGGAAAUUUGCCCAGGAUGCAGUACAGUGGUGCGAUCACUGCUUACUGCACUCUUGACCUCUUGGACUCAGGCGAUCCUCCCAUUGCAGCCUCCCGAGUAGCUGGGACUACAGGGUAAUCACUUUGAUCAAUAUGAGGAAGGACACUUGGAAAUUGAACAAGCAUCACUUGACAAGCCUAUAGAAUCGCAGUUGGCCCAUAUUAGCUAAGCAGCCAUGAUCUGCCCAGUUUUUAAAGCCAGGAUAAUAUUGGACACCGCUUACUCCAGAAACAUGGGUGGAAGCUGGGCCAGGGAUUGGGAAAAUCUCUUCAGGCAUUAUGAUCCUGGACUUGUUGUGGUGAUGGUAAUCUUAGCAGUGGUAAUUUUUUAUUUUCAGACUGAAUUACUCCUUUUGUCAUCAGUGCACCAAUAUGUUAGGCUUACUUUCUCUGUUGUAGCCUUCAUCCUUCUGCUUGGUCUUUUUCAUUUUCCUUUCCUUUCCUUAUGCAACUUGUCUGAUCCCUGUUCAUUAAAGGGUAAUGUUAAGAAGGGAUGUAUCUGUUUGUGUUAGAACUGCCAAUAAAAUCAGUUAAAACAUUAAAUUCUAAUACUGUCAAAAACUUGAUUUCCCCACAAUGUAAUGGGCACUAGCACUUGCUACUGCAAUUUAUAAAUAAAUUAAAACAAACUUUGACUGCCUUAGAAGGCAAAAGUACUAAUGCAGAGUUUAUAAACAGGGGUUUACAGAGGUAAUGAAUUUGUACCAAAACUUUCUUGAUUCUUGCAAAACAAAUUCCGACAGAUCAAAAAAAAUACCAAAAUAAAUUGCUUUGACAUUUCUUUUUAAUUCAUUCAUUGGACCAUUUAUUUUUACCAGUAAAUCCCUGAUUGAGACGUUAUGAAAGUGAUAUUGCACCUAGGAAGUCAUUUUUAUAACCUGUCUUUAAUUUGGUCCUUUUGCUAAAGAUUGCAGUCACUGCUUAUUUAUUAUACCAUUGGGCAUAAGGUAGUAAUGCAUUUUCAUUUUGCUUUACUGGCAGUCUUUUAAUUGUAUCUAAAAGAACGCUGUAUUCUAGAAGUUUUUUUUGUUGUUCCUGACAUGAGAUGUUCUUUAACAGUUUGGGUUUUUUUUUGUUGUUUUUGUUUUUGCUGUGAUAAUUCUAAUUCUCCCUAUUUAUUGUUUAAAAACAAUAAUAGGAUACAUAAGUAGUUAAACUUAUGAAUUUGUUUUUCAUUCCAUCUUAAAGGCAAAAAUUAAUUCCACAAAUAUAGAGCCACCGAAUACAAGUGGUUGUGGUCGUUUUGAACAUGGUUUCUUCUUUAUUUUGCAGGACCAAAACCAGUCAUGAUCAUGGCAUUUAUUUUUUAAGAAGUUUUUUUUGGGGGUUGGGAGGGUAGUACCUCAGAUUUAGCCUAAGAAAACUCCAUUUUUAGCCCAAAGGUAUAAUAUAUAUAUAUAUAUGUGUGUGUAUAACAACAACAACACAACCAAAAAAAACAAUUGUUUACACCAGCCUGAGUGAAAUGAUGAGGGAAGUAAACAUUGUGUUUUUUCACUAAAGGUGUACAACGGAUAAGGUAAGUCCUCUUUUCAGUGGGCUUACAUCACAAUAAAAAGCGCAAGUUGUGAUGUAAAACAGCUGUGGUAGUAAAGUGCUUGUCUGCCCCAUUUUGCUUUGUUUGGCUGGUUAUGAGUGGAUUAAAUAUAUAUAUAUUAAAAAAAAUUAUCCAGCAUAGAUCAAUUAGUUUAAAGUCAAUUUUCUUCGCAACCAGUCCUUUUCACAGCUUACCAGUUACCCUCGUAGCCAGUGUUAAAUCCACUCUAGGAAAUGGGACUUUAGAGCACCAGAUUAAAAGGAAAACUAUUCUUUGUCUCUAAGGGCAACUAAUUGUUUCUUUUUAUUUAAACUUUUCACAGCCCCGUUAAGUUGUAAAGCAUCUCCUUGUCUAUGAGGAACAUAAAAAAAAAAUUGUAAAACAUCUUUUGAAAACAAAUUCAACAUACUGAGUUGUAAUUAUAAAGUUUUACUGCAUCAUGUUUGAAAAUGUACUUUUUCUAUUUAACCAUGCCAGUUGAGUUUUUUUUUUUUUUUUUUUUUAAACUAGGUUAAAAAGUUGUGUAGGAGGAUAUCAGUGACAGAGUGAAGUGAUUUUUGAUGGGAAGUUAUUUGGGGAUCUUAAAAGGAGUUUUUAAAGUUUUAAAAUUUAAACCUCCUGGUGCCAUUGCUUAAAAGUGCUUUGCAUUACUUAUUAAUGUAAUUUUGCCACAGUAAUUUGAAGUUAAUCCCAACUGGAAGGUCAGCCAAGGUGGUUAGUUGGGUUUAAACUAGGAAAGGAAGGUCUUGAGUGUAAGCUGUGAGAAUGGCUUGUGUUUGGUUCACUGUAGCUUUCUGGUCUCUGCACUCCAAGGCAAGAUCUCUAACCACCCAAAACCCAAUGUGUAAAAUGAGCUGUUGGCUUGGCUUUGCGCCUUACCUUGAUUAUGUGUUCCUGUUACAGGGAGAACAGAUCCCAUUCCAAUUGUUGUCAAGUAUGAUGUCAUGGGCAUGGGUCGCAUGGAAAUGGAGCUUGAUUAUGCUGAAGAUGCUACCGAACGGCGCCGUGUCCUAGAAGUGGAAAAAGAAGACACAGAAGAGCUGAGACAAAAGUACAAGGAUUAUGUUGACAAAGAGAAGGCAAUUGCCAAAGCCUUGGAAGACCUCAGAGCCAACUUUUACUGUGAACUCUGUGAUAAGCAAUAUCAGAAACAUCAGGAAUUCGAUAACCAUAUCAACUCCUAUGAUCAUGCACACAAGCAGAGAUUAAAAGAUCUCAAGCAGAGAGAGUUUGCUCGAAAUGUCUCUUCAAGAUCCCGCAAGGAUGAGAAAAAACAGGAAAAAGCCCUUCGGCGGCUCCAUGAGUUGGCAGAGCAGAGAAAACAAGCUGAAUGUGCACCUGGAAGUGGUCCCAUGUUCAAACCAACCACAGUGGCUGUAGAUGAAGAAGGUGGAGAAGAUGAUAAAGAUGAAUCAGCUACAAAUAGUGGCACAGGUGCCACUGCUUCUUGUGGCCUGGGAUCUGAAUUUUCCACAGAUAAAGGAGGCCCUUUCACUGCAGUACAAAUCACUAAUACCACUGGACUGGCCCAGGCUCCUGGGUUAGCCUCCCAAGGCAUCAGCUUUGGCAUUAAGAAUAAUCUGGGGACCCCACUGCAAAAAUUGGGAGUGUCAUUUUCUUUUGCCAAGAAGGCUCCUGUCAAACUCGAAUCAAUAGCAUCAGUUUUCAAGGACCACGCGGAGGAAGGGACCUCUGAAGAUGGAACAAAACCUGAUGAGAAGGGUUCUGACCAAGGACUGCAGAAGGUAGGAGACUCUGAUGGGAGCAGUAAUCUUGAUGGUAAAAAGGAGGAUGAAGACCCUCAGGAUGGAGGAUCCCUUGCCUCAACAUUAUCCAAAUUAAAAAGGAUGAAGCGAGAAGAAGGAGCUGGGGCUACAGAGCCGGAAUAUUACCACUACAUCCCCCCAGCACACUGCAAAGUAAAACCUAAUUUUCCCUUCCUACUUUUUAUGAGAGCCAGUGAACAAAUGGAAGGUGAUAAUAGUACACACCCAAAGAAUGCCCCAGAGAGUAAAAAAGGCAGUUCUCCCAAGCCUAAAAGCUGCAUCAAGGCGGCAGCAAGCCAAGGAGCAGAAAAGACAGUCAGUGAAGUCUCUGAGCAGCCGAAGGAAACCAGCAUGACUGAGCCCUCAGAACCAGGAAGCAAAACUGAGGCAAAGAAGGCCUUAGGAGGGGAUAUAAGUGAUCAGAGUUCAGAGAGUCAUAGUCAGAAGGUUUCAGAGACCCAAACGUGUGAGUCCAACUCUUCUAAAGAAACCUCUCUGGCCACCCCAGCAGGGAAAGAAAGCCAAGAAGGACCCAAACAUCCUACUGGUCCCUUCUUCCCAGUUUUGAGCAAAGAUGAAAGCACUGCCCUCCAGUGGCCAUCAGAACUAUUAAUUUUCACCAAGGCAGAACCCUCCAUUUCAUACAGUUGUAACCCUUUAUAUUUUGACUUUAAACUUUCAAGGAACAAAGAUGCCAGAACUAAAGGGACAGAAAAACCAAAGGAUAUAGGAAGCUCCUCAAAGGACCAUCUCCAAGGCCUAGAUCCUGGUGAGCCAAAUAAAAACAAGGAAGUGGGCGGAGAGAAAAUAGUACAUUCCUCAGGAGGCAGAAUGGACGCACCUGCUUCAGGGUCUGCCUGUAGUAGCCUGAACAAGCAGGAGCCUGGGGGUAGCCAUGGGUCUGAGACAGAAGACACAGGGAGAAGCCUUCCCAGCAAGAAAGAACGAUCUGGGAAGUCCCACCGGCACAAAAAGAAAAAGAAGCACAAAAAAUCCAGCAAACACAAACGUAAACACAAGGGUGACACAGAAGAGAAAAGCUCUAAGGCAGAGUCGGGGGAGAAGUCUAAGAAGCGCAAGAAACGAAAACGAAAGAAGAAUAAGUCAUCAGCCCCAGCAGAUUCUGAACGAGGACCCAAACCAGAACCCCCUGGGAGUGGCAGUCCUGCACCUCCAAGAAGGCGGCGACGAGCUCAAGAUGACUCCCAGCGGAGAUCCCUCCCAGCUGAAGAGGGGAGCAGUGGCAAAAAGGAGGAAGGUGGGGGUGGUAGCAGCUCCCAAGACCAUAGUGGGAGGAAACACAAAGGUGAACUUCCGCCUUCAUCCUGCCAGCGAAGAGCAGGCACCAAACGGAGCAGCCGGUCUAGCCAUCGGAGCCAACCCAGUAGUGGAGAUGAGGAUAGUGAUGAUGCUUCCUCACACCGACUGCACCAGAAGUCUCCAUCCCAGUACAGUGAGGAAGAAGAAGAAGAUUCAGGCAGUGAGCAUUCCCGCAGCCGCUCAAGGUCAGGCCGGCGCCAUUCCUCACAUCGUUCUUCCCGGCGUUCUUACUCAAGUAGCUCAGAUGCCUCUUCAGACCAGAGCUGCUAUAGUAGACAGCACAGUUACUCAGAUGACAGCUACAGUGACUACAGCGACAGAUCACGAAGGCACUCCAAGCGCUCCCACGACUCGGAUGACUCAGACUAUGCCAGCUCCAAACAUCGAUCAAAACGGCACAAAUACUCAUCUUCUGACGAUGACUAUAGCCUCAGUUGCAGCCAGUCCCGAAGCCGAUCUCGGAGUCAUACCAGAGAGCGCUCAAGAUCCCGGGGCCGCAGCCGAAGCAGCAGUUGUAGUCGUAGUCGGAGCAAGCGGAGAAGCCGUAGCACCACAGCCCACAGCUGGCAACGGAGCCGGAGCUAUAGCCGGGACCGCAGUCGCAGCACCAGGAGUCCUUCCCAAAGAUCAGGCUCCAGGAAGGGAUCAUGGGGUCAUGAGAGCCCUGAGGAGAGGCAUUCUGGGCGUCGGGACUUCAUUCGUUCUAAGAUCUACCGCUCCCAGUCCCCCCACUAUUUCCGAUCAGGCCGGGGAGAAGGUCCUGGGAAGAAAGAUGAUGGCAGAGGAGAUGACAGUAAAGCAACAGGUCCACCUUCCCAGAACAGCAACAUUGGCACAGGAAGAGGGUCAGAAAGUGACUGCAGUCCUGAAGACAAGAACUCUGUUACUGCCAAACUGCUACUGGAGAAGAUUCAGUCAAGGAAAGUGGAGAGGAAACCUAGUGUGAGUGAGGAGGUGCAGGCCACCCCUAGUAAAGCUGGGCCCAAGCUCAAGGACCCCCCACAAGGUUACUUUGGGCCCAAGCUCCCCCCAUCUCUUGGCAAUAAGCCUGUCCUUCCACUGAUAGGGAAGCUCCCAGCUACCCGAAAGCCCAAUAAGAAAUGUGAAGAGUCUGGCUUGGAAAGGGGGGAAGAGCAAGAACAGUCAGAGACAGAAGAGGGGCCCUCAGGGAGUAGUGAUGCCCUAUUUGGGCAUCAGUUCCCUUCAGAGGAAACAACUGGCCCCUUAUUAGACCCACCCCCAGAAGAGCCAAAGUCUGAAGAAGCUACUGCUGAUCACCCUGUGGCUCCACUAGGCACCCCAGCACACACUGACUGCUACCCUGGGGAUCCAACCAUCUCCCAUAACUACCUCCCCGACCCCAGUGAUGGGGACACCCUGGAGUCCCUGGAUAGCAGCAGUCAACCAGGCCCUGUGGAAUCCAGCUUGCUGCCGAUAGCACCAGACCUUGAGCAUUUCCCCAGUUAUGCACCUCCCAGUGGGGAUCCUAGUAUUGAGUCAACAGAUGGGGCUGAGGAUGCUUCACUGGCCCCCCUGGAGAGCCAGCCCAUCACCUUCACCCCUGAGGAGAUGGAGAAGUACAGCAAGCUCCAGCAGGCUGCUCAGCAACACAUCCAGCAGCAGCUUCUGGCCAAGCAAGUAAAGGCCUUUCCAGCCUCAGCUGCCCUGGCCCCAGCCACACCAGCCCUGCAACCUAUCCACAUUCAGCAGCCAGCUACAGCCUCUGCCACCUCCAUCACAACUGUUCAGCAUGCCAUCCUACAACAUCAUGCUGCCGCAGCUGCUGCCGCCAUUGGCAUUCACCCCCACCCCCAUCCCCAACCACUUGCCCAGGUGCAUCAUAUUCCCCAGCCCCAUCUGACCCCCAUUUCCUUGUCCCACCUCACUCACUCAAUCAUCCCUGGCCACCCUGCCACCUUUCUCGCUAGCCAUCCCAUCCACAUCAUUCCCGCCUCAGCCAUCCAUCCUGGGCCUUUCACCUUUCAUCCUGUCCCACAUGCUGCCCUCUACCCCACCCUACUUGCCCCACGGCCUGCUGCAGCAGCUGCCACUGCCCUCCACCUUCACCCACUACUUCACCCCAUCUUCUCAGGUCAGGACCUGCAACAUCCUCCCAGCCAUGGCACAUGAGUUGGGGGAUGGGAUCCUAGGUAGGGCCAGGGGAGGAGACCCAUAAAUGUUCCCUUGGGGCUGUUGAGCUAUUAAUACCAGCAAGUAGAAGCUGGGAUGGGCAGUGUCUGACAGCCAAAGAAUUGAGUUUUGGCUCACAGGGGUGGGUUUAGAUUUGAAGUUUGCUUUCAGUUUACUAUCAGGGAUUUCUUUUUCCUGUCCUCCUCUCAAUUUGUCCCUCCCUCUCCUGUGUUUCUAAGCUAGGGAACACCAGUAAGUGCUACCCACCCCUCUGCAGCAACAUCUCCAAACUGUCAAGUUUAGAUAAUCCCCUCCUCCCUCUGCUUUUUGCUUUUUUCCUCUGCUCUUCCCUUCUAUAAAUUUUAAAACAUUUUCCUCCUCUCUGGCCAGUGGGUUGUCACCAAAGCACUUGCUGUGGGCCCAUCUGGUCUUGCCUUCUCAGCGCCACAGGGAAGGCCAAGCUGUUCUAGUGGUGGAAGUGCCACCACUUUGGGGUAGUGUCUUUGACAUCCUUGGUGACGUUAUGUUAUCCCAGGUGAGGUGGAAAGAGUCUCACCUGGAACCUGAUAUAACUCAGGCUGCAAUUCCAUCCAGUUCCCACAUCAACGGAGCCACACAUUUGGCACUAUUAUCCUGGUGUCCCUCAUCCCAGAAGAGGCAUCUCUAUAUCCCAGAAAAGAAGAUCCUAUCAUGAAUAAAAGUUGUGUGGAACAUAGAGUUGCCCAUGUGCUUUCCCGGAGAGGAGCUCAUGUGUCUGAAGUGAAGGGUAUAUUUUCUUCUGUUGUGUUGAUGUUUCCUUCUUAAUUUAUAGGAUUUUUUUAAUGUAAAAAAUUGCACUGAACUCUAUAAACGUAAAUGCUGCUUUUUGUAGCUCAUAUAAAAAAGGUUCCAUAUUUGUAGUAUACUGCAAUAAUAUUUUUUACAUCCAGCUCUUUAAGUGAUCCUCGUUCUGGUGGCUUUGUGUAAAUAUGUUUGCCCUAGUUGAAUUAAGAAACUUUAAAGGUUAUAAAAUGAAAACAAAAAAUAAAAUAUUUGUUUUCUGCUAGAUGCAAAACUGACUAAGCAUGUAUAUUUUACCAAGCUUAUGUAUUUUUUGAAGUUAUGAACUAUAAAAUGUUAAAACAUUUUUUGCUGGGACAAAAUGUUAAGUAAUUUGCAGUAAGUAGUGCCCCCAGUAUUGGGAUUUUUGAGCUAAUGGGCAGCAGUCAGCCGGGGGCUUCUGAGGGAUACUCAUCUUUAACAGUCUCCCUCAUGUACUUUUGCUGUUUUACACGGAGAAACAGGUGGACCCCACAGAGGAGAAGGAGGGGACUCAACAGCUUUAUUGUCUGGAAGCAGUGAGAUUUGGUGAUUGUCUGGGGGGAUUCCUGGGUUUCCCUGGGUACCUUGUUCAAGGCAGUCAGUCCAUUUGCCUUCCUAGUACUUAGCCCCCUCUGACAAUUUUUUUUUUUUUUAAUGUGCCUUUUGGGUUGGUAGAAACUGAAGUAGAAGUAGGCUGGAGGAUGAGUUGGGACAGUCUUUUUCCUUUUGUUGGGAGGUGAGCACACUUACAGAUACUUCAGAUUAUUUUGCUUCAUAGUUUCCAUGCCCUCUGCCCAGCUCAGUUUAAACAGUAAACGUUCCUUGUUUCUUUUCUCCUAUGACACUGACAAGAGGAAUUACCACCUCAGCCUCUUUUGCCCCUCUUCUUGCCUUUCACCCAGGCUCUCAGCCCCAAUUAACACACUGACCCAAAGGGGCUUGUAUUGCAGGUCCCAUCUCCUUUGAUGAGGUUAACAAUUCCCUCUUUGGCAUUUUCCUAACUAUUCCUGUGGCUAGAAUUGGUUGGUUGGUCACUUGACAAGAAAAACCAUACUUAUCUGGACCAGGGCUCUGUGUUCCUGCCUUCUCAAAUUCUCAGAAAAGUGUUAAGUUUAUGAAAAGAAAGUGGCAGGCAAGCGCACUCUUGACUGCCCUCCCACCCUCCUACCUGUUCAGUGCUCCUUGUCUGAUUCAGAAGCAUCACUUCUUGUAUAACUGGCACUGGAAAAACGAAAUCAUCUGUGUAAGUGAAGGGACUCAUUUUUCUUUGCUUUCAGCCCAUGUAAAUAAAUAAUACAGUAUUAACAUUUUUGUGCUGCUUCCCAUUAGCUUGUAGAUUGAGCCAUACUCUGGCUGCCUCUUUACCUUCCUCGGGGCAUUUUCUUUAACUUCCAGAAUAGUGAUUUUAAAACUUAAAAAAAAAAAACAAAAUAACCUAUCCUUACUUACAAGCAUAACAGAUUGUAUUUAACUUUAUCACAUAUGAUAGAGAUAUAUAUGCUGUAAAAUGAGGGAAAGGAACUUUCUAAUAAACCAAUGAUUUGUGGAAACUUA